AUGGAAAUUGAAGAUGAAAAUGUGGAUGAUUUGGUGAAAGAAUGGAUUAAAUAUGUAGAGACUGAAGAAGGGGCUGCUGAAAUCGAACGACCGCAAAAAAGGAAGAGGAAAGGGAAAAAAACAUCAACUAUUUGGGAACAUUUUACUAUGGUUAAGAAAAAAGUAAAAGGUAAAAAUAAUAAAGAGGAAAAAGAAGAGGAUAGAGCAGAGUGCAACUAUUGUGGAGCUGAUUAUGCAGCUGAUAGUAAGUAUUGUGGGACUAGUACAUUGUGGAGUCAUGUUGAGAAAAAGUGCAGGAAGUGUCCAUUUAGUGAGUGGGUAGAGCAGAAUAAGAAACAAACGAUGAUAACUCAAUUUACAAAGAAGACUCUUGAUUCUGAAGUUAACUCAAGUGGGACUACCACAAUGAAGUUUUGUCAGAAUAAAGUGAGAGAAUUGAUUAGCAAGUACUUCAUUAUUGAUGAGCUUCCCUUUAGGCAUAUUGAAGGGAAAGGGUUUCGCUUGCUUGUUACUCAUUUUUUUCCAAAAUUUGACUUUCCUUCAAGAUUUACAAUUGCUCGUGAUAUCUACCAGUUGUUUUUGGAGGAAAAGAAAAAAUUGAGAAAUGAAUUUGUCAAUCGUAGGUUGUCUUUAACUACUGAUUGUUGGACUUCCAUACAAAAUAUUAGUUACAUGUGCCUAACUGCUCAUUGGAUUGAUGACAAUUGGAAGAUGCAAAAAAGGAUUAUUAGUUUCAUUCAGGUUCCUAGCCAUAAAGGUGACAUGGUUGCAAAAGAACUGAUCAGUUGCCUCAAUCAUUGGGGGAUUACUCAACUUUUCUCUAUCACUGUUGACAAUGCCUCUUCAAAUGAUGUAGCUUUGAGAAAAGUCAAGGAAUAUUUGUCUGAAAAACCAAAUGCUUUAGUUUUGGGUGGAGAGAUGUUUCAUAUGCGGUGUUGUGCACAUAUUCUGAACUUGGUUGUUAGUGAUGGUUUAAAAGAAAUGAGUUAUGCCAUUUCUAGCAUAAGGAAUGCAGUUAGGUAUGUGAGAUCUUCACCAGCUAGGUUGAAGAGGUUCAAAGAAGCAUGUAAAGAUGUAAAUGUUGAAUCGAAAGCUUUAUUAUGUUUAGAUGUGGUGACAAGGUGGAACUCCACCUACAUGAUGCUAGAGGCUGCAUUGAAGUUUAAGAAAGCUUUUAGGUAUUUGGAAGGGGAUGCAAAUUACACAAAGUAUUUUGAAGAAGAAAGAGUAAAUGGAGAAAAAGUUGAUGGGCCACCAGACAAUACUGAUUGGACUAAUGCAGAAGUAUUUGUUAAGUUUCUCAAGGCAUUUUAUGAACUUACAUUAAAGUUCAGUGGGUCAUUGUAUGUCACAUCAAACCUUUUCUUCCAAGAGAUUCUUGAAGUUCAAGUUGAGCUGAAUGAUAUGAAGAGUAGUACAGAUGAAAGAUUCAAAUUGAAGUUUGACAAGUAUUGGGGCAAUGUUGAGAAGAUUAAUUUGUUGCAAUAUAUUGCCUCUAUUUUGGAUCAAAGAUUCAAAUUGGAUGUUGUUCAUAACGGUUUCAGGUAUCUCUAUGAUCCCAUUCUAGCUGAAAAAAUGAUAAAGAAAGUUGAGAAUAUGAUGACUACCUUGUAUGCAUUUUAUAAGGGCACUGUUAUGACACCUAGUUCCUCUAAUGAUCAACAAGCAAGUCAAAGUGUCACUUCCAAUGCAAGUGGAAGUUCUAGUAGCUCGUCAUUUCUUAUUAAGCGAAGGUUUAUUUCGAGUGAAGUAACCAGCAAUGAUUUGGAUGAUUAUUAUGCAGAUCGAAAGGAAAAGUUAGUUGAGGAUACUAAUUUUGACAUUCUAGAUUGGUGGCAAAGGAAUGGAAACAAGUAUCCUAUUGUCUCUCAUAUUGCAAGAGAUGUUCUGGCUGUUCAAAUGUCUACUGUUGCCUCUGAAUCAGCUUUUUCAACUGGAGGACGGAUUCUCGAUCCAUUUAGAAGCUCUUUGUCUCCAAAGAUGGUCGAGGCUUUAAUUUGCUCAAAGAAUUGGUUGACUUGUGAAUAUGAUGCUCCUAUUGUGUUGAGACAAUACAUGGACGAAAUCGAAGGUUUGGUGACAUCCGAGCAAGUUGAGUCAGACACUCGGCGUUCCAUUUCAGGUUUUUGUGUGUUUUUCAACAACUCUUUGGUCUCUUGGAAAUCAAAGAAACAACACACCAUCUCUCGCUCUUCUGCUGAAGCUGAGUAUAGAUCCAUGGCUAAUGCCACCACUGAAGUUAUUUGGCUACUCUCCUUACUCAAAGAACUUAUUUUUCCUCAAACAAAACCAGUUCUUCUCUACUGUGACAGCAAAUCAGCUCUUCAUAUCUCUUCCAAUCUUGUCUUCCAUGAAUGA